AUGGCAAGUCAGCGUCACCACAUAUCUGAGAACCGAUUUCGCAGAGAGUAUGACUACCACAGCAGUGACACCGACAUCUCUGACGAUGAACGCAAGAAAACCUGCAUCAAGAAAUCAAGCUCCAAAAAUACACCCCGCUCUAAGCCUUGCCUGGUAAACCGGACUCGAUCUCAGAGUUUAGAUAACACGAGCAGCAACGAAGAUUGUCCAUCUUGUGAAGCUCGUGCCAGUUCCAGCAUGUAUUCAUGUUCACGGUCACAAAACUUUGAUAUGCCAUUACAUACCUGUGUCAUAUUUUAUUUAUCCACUCACUUAAAUACCUGUGUCAUAUUUUAUUUAUCCACUCACUUAAAUACUUGUGUCAUAUUUUAUUUAUCCACUCACUUAAAUACCUGUGUCAUAUUUUAUUUAUCCACUCACUUAAAUACUUGUGUCAUAUUUUAUUUAUCCAAUCUGUUCCGUCAGCGGCCAGAAACUAUGUUGGGCAGAAUGUUCACAACAUCGCUGGAGCAUAACUUCACUAGACCUAAUGAAAGAGGGGAAUAUGAAGUUGCUGAUGGUAUCUCAGCCACUGUUUUCCGAGCCAUCUUGGAUUACUACAAGACUGGAGUAGUUCGGUGUCCUCCUUCUGUUCCAGUGCAUGAGUUGAGAGAGGCAUGUGACUAUUUGCUGGUGCCAUUUGAUGCCUCCACUGUUCGCUGCCAAAACUUGCGUGGGUUCCUGCAUGAGUUGUCUAAUGAGGGAGCACGAAAACAGUUUUUGCAGUACCUUGAAGAUCUGCUGCUGCCUCAAAUGGUGCUCUGUGCUCAGAGAGGUGACAGGGAGUGCCAUAUUGUGGUGCUGACAGAUGAUGAUGUCAUUGACUGGGACGAGGACUAUCCCCCUCAGAUGGGAGAUGAGUAUUCUCAGAUUGUCAACAGUACCUGCUUGUACAGGUUUUUCCGAUACAUUGAGAACAGAGAUGUGGCCAAACAGGUGCUGAAGGACAGGGGCCUGAAAAAGAUCUGUCUGGGUAUUGAAGGGUAUCCUACCUACAAGGAGAAGGUGAAAAAACGACCAGGAGGAAGAGCCGAAGUGAUUUACAACUACGUGCAGAGACCUUUUAUUCGGAUGUCAUGGGAGAAGGAGGAAAACAAGAGCAGGCACGUGGACUUCCAGUGUGUCAAAUCCAAGUCUAUUACCAAUCUGGCACAGGCGGCUGAUGAAGCUGCUCUCCACCUCCAUGAUCAAGGCAUGCUUCAGCAGGCACAGGAUGGCACUAUCAAUGUCAUCGCUCCACAGCCUUCUCCUUCAGAGCCUUACCCAGAUGUUCAGCUGCCACCUGAAGCACUGGAUUGA